AUGUUCUUCCUCAAAGAAGAAACCAAGAUCAUUACGAUGCAUCCGUCCUACUUCGGGCCUAACAUGCGCGAGUUUCUGAUUGCGCGCCUGAACGAGGAAGAAGAGGGCCGGUGCACAGGUGACCAUUUCGUGAUUUGCGUCAUGGACAUGGUGGACGUUGGCGAGGGUCGAGUUGUGCCUUCGAACGGCUGCGCGGAAUAUACGAUCAAGUAUCGCGCGAUUAUCUGGAAACCCUUCCGCGGUGAGACGGUGGACGCAAUUGUCACUUCAGUCAAGCCCACCGGCAUCUUCACAUUAGCCGGCCCAUUGUCUGUUUUCAUUGCGCGAAAGAACAUCCCGUCCGACAUCAAGUGGGAACCGAACACAGUCCCUCCUCAGUACACCGAUCAUGCAGACCAAGUGAUUGAAAAGGGCACGAGUUUACGACUGAAGAUUCUUGGUGUCAAGCCGGAUGUGGCUGCAAUCAACGCCAUUGGCACAAUCAAGGAGGACUACCUUGGACCCCUGUAA